AUCACGACUCUUAUAAAUAGUCUACUUCAGCUUCUUCUUUCUGCAUGUGUCUUGUGUUUACUCAAUUAUUUAUCAUGGAAUCUGUUUCUUGCAAAUGGCUUUUACUUUGGUUCCUUUACCUUUCUUGGGCACACUCCGCUUUGGCUCUGGACGAAUUAAAUGGUGCUGUAGUAAAAGGUGUGAACUUGGGUGGAUGGUUGGUUCUUGAAGGAUUCAUUACGCGUUCACUAUUUGAGGGCAUUCCCAACAGAGAGAUGCUUGACGGGACAAAAGUCCAGUUCAGAUCUUUGAGCUUAAAUAAGUAUGUAAGUGCACAGAAGGGAGGAGAUUCCGGCAUCGUCACGGUUGACAUUGACAAAGCUGAUACCUGGGAAACCUUCAGAUUAUGGAGACUAUCUGAAAGGGACUUCCAGUUACGCACCCUCCAUGGACAAUUUCUAUCUUGUGAUGGAGAAGGAGCCACUGUCCUGGCAAAAUCAGUUUCACCGGAUUCAAAAGAAACAUUUUCCAUUGAAAAGAAUGACGAUGGUAAUGUUUAUAUUAAACAUUCGAGCGGUAAAUAUCUUCAGGUGUCUGGCAAUGAGCUCAGAGCAGACCAUGAAGGUAUCCCUACAAGGGAUGAAUAUGGAGCCACAUUUCAUAUGAUAAUAAAUGGAAGCAUGAAGGGAGAUUACCAGCUCGGCAAUGGAUAUGGACUUGAAACUGCAACAGAAGUGCUUAGAAAUCACAGAAGCAAUUUCGUUACACAAGCAGACUUUCAGUUUCUUAGCAGAAACGGUAUAAACACCGUGAGGAUUCCUGUUGGGUGGUGGAUUGCUCAAGAUCCCCCACCAGCUCCUUAUGUCGGGGGAAGUUUGGAGUAUCUAGACAAAGCAUUCGAAUGGGCACAGCUGUAUGAGAUGAAAUGCAUAAUCGACCUUCAUGCAGCUCCGGGUUCCCAAAAUGGUAUGGAGCAUAGUUCUAGCCGAGAUGGUACCAUUGACUGGCCCACAUCUGAAGAAAACAUCAAGGAAAGCCUUCGUGCCAUAGAUUUCCUAGCUUCCAAGUAUGGAAACCAUGAUGCUCUAUUGGGGAUUGAACUUUUGAAUGAACCACAUGCUCCUAAUGUUUCUCCCGGUAUCUUAAAGAAGUACUACAAAGACGGAUAUGACAUUGUGAGGAGACAUUCGGACAAAGCUUAUGUAAUCAUGUGUCAGAGGAUUGGCGAGGGUUCAAAUCUGACGAGACUUUAUAAUGCCAUUGCCGACAUGGGUUUAUCGAAAGUUGUGUUUGAUCUGCACUACUACAAUCUCUACAUUGAUUUGUUCUUUAAUAAGAGCCCACAACAGAACAUCGAUUACAUAAAAAACGAAAGAAAAUCUGAAAUCAAAUCCCUAAACGCUGGACCGCUGGUAUUUAUUGGGGAGUGGACGAACCAAUUUGGAAAUGGCGGGUACUCUUCAAUAGAAUAUCAAAAGUAUGGUAAAGCACAGUUGGCUGUUUAUGGUUCAGCUUCUUUUGGAUGGGCAUAUUGGACACUCAAGAUUGAAAAAAACCGUCACUGGGAUCUCAUGUGGAACAUCAAGAACAAAACCCUGCAGUUAUAGGUCGAACAACAUCGCCCGGGUAAUGAUUCAUUUGAUGCUCGCAAGUCACCAAGUAAGCAAAUACUAAGCAAUUUACAGCUAUUCGUAUUGGCAUGUGACAUCUCUACUUCCACCGGAUAAUAAUGUAAUACAAUAAACCCACUCUAAGAAUAAAUUUCAUGAAUCAUGAAGUGUAUGGUCUAGACUUAGACCGUUUAUUAAAUAAGAAUAAGCUCUAUGUUGUAAUAAGUUAUGUCUCAAUGUUUAUGACUCAAUAUAUUUUACUUAAUGGAGAAUAUGAAUAGUUUU